AUGUUAUUGACAGUCAUCCUUUUCGUAUUACUGCCAGUCGGGCUUAUUCAGGGUACACCAAUUGUCAAGGAAUCGUGCGAAGCUACAGUACUGCCUUCGGAAAACCCAUGUUGGAGUUCAGUUAUUCUUUCUCGUUCAUGCGAAUCAGGAACAUUCGAUUUAGGUGCAACAAGUUUUAAAUCAUGUGAUAAAGUUGGUUUUAUGUGGUCAUAUCCUCUUCAUAAUUUAACCGUCACUAUUGAAACACCAUUUACACAAAAGCAUCAACCAUAUGCUAUUAAUAUUGAUAACACCUUAAUCAAAGAUUACUCGAUUCGUAUUUAUCGCAUCAUAGAUGGUCAUGAAACUGAAGUAAAAUCAAGGGAUGAUGUUAUUGUACAAAAUUCGGAUUCCAAUUAUCAAAUUAUACUAAAAUUUCAAGGUCCAUCAACUAUUUACUAUUAUGGAUUUCCCUUUAAUUAUAAUGUCACUAAAUUGUAA